AUGGCAGGCUUCAACCUGCAUGCGGAGCGCCCUGCGGUGUACCGAGGACCAGAGGGGAGCUACUUUGGUUACUCCGUGGACUUCUACCGACCGACCCCCGAAAGCAGCACAAGUGUAUAUGGCACCAGGGAGCCUCUGGAGUUCAAGUCUCACCAGUGGUUUGGAGCCUCAGUUAGAACUCACAAAGGCAAAGUGGUGGCCUGGCCUCUCUACCACUGGCGUACUGUGAAGGUGAACGGUGAGAAGGACCCGAGGGAACCUGCAUGUUGCCGUGCAGAACUUCAGUCCUAUGCAGAAUACUCACCCUGUAGGACCAAUGAUCCAGACCCGGAGGGACAGGGUUUCUGCCAGGCCGGGUUCAGUGUGGACUUCACCAAGGAGGGGACACUGGUGGUGGGCGGACCUGGCAGCUUCUACUGGCAAGGUCAGGUGAUGACUGCAGGCGUAGCAGAGAUAUUGAAUGGUUACUCUCUGAAAGCCGUGCUCAGGAGAGUCCCUGGAGAGAAACACACACACGCUGCAGCUGAUACCCAUGACGACAGCUACCUAGGUUACUCUGUGGCAGUGGGGGAAUUCACAGGAGACUCAGAGCAAGAGCUGAUAGCUGGUGUUCCUAGAGGGGCUCAGAACUUUGGAUAUGUAGCUGUGAUUAACUCCACUAAUCUGACAUUCAUCAUGAACUUCACAGGAGAGCAGAUGGCUUCCUACUUUGGCUAUUCUGUGGCUGUUACUGACCUCAACGGAGACGGGUAUGAUGAUGUACUGGUAGGAGCACCUCUCUAUAUGGAGAGAGAGAGGGAGAGUAAGCCAAGGAGGUGGGCCACGUGGCAGUGGGUGUUCAUAUUUGGUGGGGAGGACCGGAGUGGCCUGGUGUUGAUCUACAAUGGCCAGAGAGACCUGACGGCCGCGCCUAACCCUCAGCCAGGAGCUCUAUGGAGCCUGGGCUUCCAGUAUGGCCCUUUCCGGCUACGGCUUCACCCUGAGGGGGGACAAGAGACCUGGAACAACAACCAUUACCCUGGAGGGGACACUGGUGGUGGGCGGACCUGGCAGCUUCUACUGGCAAGGUCAGGUGAUGACUGCAGGCGUAGCAGAGUAUUGAAUGGUUACUCUCUGAAAGCCGUGCUCAGGAGAGUCCCUGGAGAGAAACACACACACGCUGCAGCUGAUACCCAUGACGACAGCUACCUAGGUUACUCUGUGGCAGUGGGGGAAUUCACAGGAGACUCAGAGCAAGAGCUGAUAGCUGGGGUUCCGAGAGGGGCACAGAACUUUGGAUAUGUAGCUGUGAUUAACUCCACUAAUCUGACAUUCAUCAUGAACUUCACAGGAGAGCAGAUGGCUUCCUACUUUGGCUAUUCUGUGGCUGUUACUGACCUCAAUGGAGACGGGUAUGAUGAUGUACUGGUAGGAGCACCUCUCUAUAUGGAGAGAGAGAGGGAGAGUAAGCCCAAGGAGGUGGGCCGUAUCUACCUGUACCUCCAGCACUCCCCGCUCACCUUCUCCGAGCCCCUUCUCCUGACGGGAACACACACCUUCGGACGCUUUGGCACUGCCAUCGCCCCGUUAGGUGACCUCAACCAGGACGGAUACAACGACGUGGCAGUGGGUUGUCCGUUUGGAGGGGAGGACCGGAGUGGCCUGGUGUUGAUCUACAAUGGCCAGAGAGACCUGACGGCCCGCGGCCUAACCCUCAGCCAGGAGCUCUAUGGAGCCUGGGCCUCCAGUAGUGGCCUUUCCGGCUACGGCUUCACCCUGAGGGGGGACAGAGACCUGGACAACAACCAUUACCCUGAUCUGAUAGUGGAGCAUUUGGUAAAGGGGAGUGUUCUGUCAGUGGAGGCAGAGAUGAUCCUGACUCCUAGAAUCCUGAACCCUGACGACCGAUCCUGCCUCCUGACAGAAUCUGAUACCAUUGUGACCUGUCUCAGGGUAGAUAUUUGUGCGAAGGUGAGCGGUGUGGGGAUCCCAGACUCUGUAGUCCUGAAUGCAGAGCUGCAACUGGAUUGGCUUAAAGGUGUGAGGGGCGGAGUUAAAAGAGUUCAUUUCCUGGAUUCCCAUCAGCCCCAGCACACAGGGGUCCUAACGCUUGGCCACAGCCAUCCUCACUCCUGCCUGAACUAUACUGUCUACCUACGAGAGGAGGAGGAGUUUAGGGAUAAAUUGACUCCCAUUUCAUUGGCUCUAAACUACAGUUUAGCCCCUCCUUCCAACCUGGAUCUCCCCCCUGUCCUCAACCGCUACAGCAGUACCUUCCUGCAGGAACAGGCAUAUAUCCUACUGGACUGUGGGGAAGACAACAAGUGUAUUCCAGACCUCCAGCUGUCUGCAAGCAUGGACCGUACAGAGCUGGUGGUCGGGGAUGACAACCUGGUCAUGUUGACCAUAAACGCGGUUAACAAAGGAGAGGGGGCAUAUGAGACUGAGCUACACACACUCCUACCCCCUGAGGCUGAUUACAUAGGAGUGGAACGCAGGAUAGAGUCUCUAUCCAGGUUGAACUGUGAGUACAGGAUGGUGAAUGACUCCAGACUGGUGGUGUGUGACCUGGGGAACCCUAUGGUUGCCGGAACAGAAGUAUUAGUAGGUUUAAGGUUUGCUGUCCAAAGGCUGGAUGAUGCCGGUCCUCACAUUGACUUUGACCUACAGAUCCACAGUUCAAAUGAAGACAACUCCAAGAGCAACCCAGUCAGUCUGUCUCUCUCCAUCUCUGCCAGAGCUCAGCUAGACCUGAGGGGGGUGUGUCAUCCCUCUCAGGUGGUUCUUCCGUUUCCUCACUGGGAGCCCAAAGAGAAGCCGGUCAAAGAGGAUGACGUAGGACCCCAGGUCACACACAUCUACGAGCUCCAUAACUCAGGUCCCAGUAGUAUCAGGGAGGCGGAGCUCCAGGUGGGCUGGCCCUCUCGUUUCCGUGACGAACACCUGCUCUACGCUCUGGAGGUUCUAACGGAAGGACCAAUCAGCUGCCGGAGCAACACCAGCCUCAACCCCCUGGGCCUACAGAUGUCCUCUGUCCAGGACACUCCAGAAUUGUUGGGCUUUUUGAGAAACAGUAGCUCUCCUCACCGCUACAGACGAGCCACCAGCGCUGCCCAGCCCUACAGCAGCAAGACCCUGAACUGCAGUAACAUCCUUUGUCUAAGAGUUCUGUGUGUGGUCGGGCGGUUGGACCGUGGUCAGAGCGCUGUAGUCAAGAUCCGCUCCCGACUCUGGGCUCACACCUUCCUCCAGAGACGUAACGACCCAUACCUCCUCAACUCCACCGUGUCCUUCAGAGUGACGGCCCUGCCCUACCGCCUCCAGCCCUCCUCCUUACCCCAACACACCACUUCAAUGGGUACACUGGUGCUGUGGGGGACUCCUGAUGUGGCGUUUGCUGUUCCUCUGUGGGUCAUCAUCCUGGCCAUCCUACUGGGACUGCUGGUCCUGGCCAUGCUAACACUGGCCAUGUGGAAGUGUGGGUUCUUUGACCGGGCACGGCUGCCAGCGGAUGACGUGUCAGACCGUGAGCAGCUGACCUCUGACCAAUUAGCAGACGCCUAAGAACGCCCACUCGCGCCAUGGAGACCAGUUCUUGAUUCGAGGAGGCUGUUUGGGAGGAGUUCCACCUCUUGAGUGAAAUUAAACUGAAAGGAGAUCUGCAGGCAGACUGCAAACUCACAGAUCAAAGGUUCUUUACCCCUUUUAAAGCUGAUCUGUCAUCAGUGAUUGGACUGCAAGCUCACAGGCCAAAGGCUGAAGUGCCAUUAAGACUUGUAUUCAAACAGCACCAGAGAGACUGGGAACAACCCACACAGAUGGAACUACACACAUUAACACUAUUUAAGCAAACACAAUGACUUGGAUGUAUAUGAGGCCUCAAGACAAGUAGAAUGGACUCUGGUUCUAACCCUGCUUGUAGUUUAAUAUGUUUCUAUGCACCGCUUGCCCCUGUGGGUUAGACUACUUGGGGAUCUGUAUGGUUGGAUAAUUCAGUUGGAGCUAACCAGCCUGGCUUACUUCAAAUGGAGUUACCAUCUGAUGUCAGUGACUUUGUGUCCGCCUGCUUUCACUGUUAAAUACAUUCCACCAUUGAUCAAAUGCACACACACACACACACACAAAUACACGCGCGCACAUGCGAGCACACACACGCAUGCAUGCAUACAUGCAUGCACACACACACAGGGGGCUGUAUAUAUAUCUAUGGAUGGUGUAUGUGCAAUAUUGGGACAUUCUGUGUGAUACUGAAGCUUGUUUACACUGGUAUUAUUUUAUUAGAACUUGAUGUUCAAAUUC